GAGGGGAGGUCUCUGAACUUGAACUGUAAACUUUCCCUUGUGCCACUGUCAGGUCCUCCAUGCUUUUAAGUUUUAAGGUUCUGAUAAAAAGAGGCUGCUGCAUAAUACAGGUUCUUUUCUUUGUAUUGUAAUAUAUAUAUAUUUUUCAUGUAGGUAGCGAAGUAUUCAUAUAUAACUUUUAAAACAAUAGGUUUACUUUUCUUAAUCUUUUCCCACAGCAAGUGAAGAUGUUAAAGAUAUCUUUGCCAGAGCCAGAAAUGGAAAAUACAGACUUCUGAAAAUAUCUAUUGAAAAUGAGCAACUUGUAAUUGGAUCAUGUAGUCAGCCUUCAGAUUCCUGGGAGAAGGAUUAUGAUUCCUUUGUUUUACCACUGUUGGAGGAUAAACAGCCAUGCUAUAUAUUAUUCAGAUUAGAUUCUCAGAAUGCCCAGGGUUAUGAAUGGAUAUUCAUUGCAUGGUCUCCAGAUCAUUCUCAUGUUCGUCAAAAAAUGCUGUAUGCAGCAACACGAGCAACUCUGAAAAAGGAGUUUGGAGGUGGUCACAUUAAAGAUGAAGUAUUUGGAACAGUAAAGGAAGAUGUGUCAUUACAUGGAUAUAAAAAAUAUUUGUUGUCACAAUCUUCCCCUGCCCCACUGACGGCAGCUGAGGAAGAAUUACGACAGAUUAAAAUUAAUGAGGUACAGACUGAUGUGAGUGUGGACACUAAGCAUCAAACCCUACAAGGAGUAGCAUUUCCUAUUUCUCGAGAAGCUUUUCAGGCUUUGGAAAAAUUGAAUAACAGACAGCUCAACUAUGUGCAGUUGGAAAUAGAUAUAAAAAAUGAAAUUAUAAUUUUGGCCAGCACUACAAAUACAGAACUAAAAGAUUUGCCAAAGAGGAUUCCCAAGGAUUCAGCACGUUACCAUUUCUUUCUGUAUAAGCAUUCCCAUGAAGGAGACUAUUUAGAGUCCAUAGUUUUUAUUUAUUCAAUGCCUGGAUACACAUGCAGUAUAAGAGAACGGAUGCUGUAUUCUAGUUGCAAGAGCCCUCUGCUAGAAAUUGUAGAACGACAACUACAAAUGGAUGUAAUUAGAAAGAUCGAGAUAGACAAUGGGGAUGAACUGACUGCAGACUUCCUUUAUGAAGAAGUACAUCCUAAGCAGCAUGCACACAAGCAAAGUUUUGCAAAACCCAAAGGUCCUGCAGGAAAAAGAGGAAUUCGAAGACUAAUUAGGGGUCCAGCUGAAACUGAAGCCACUACUGAUUAAAAUCACUAUAUUUAACUACAAUACUAGUUUUUUAAAAGUCCAACUUUUAGUACAGGAGAACUGAAAUCAUUCCAUGUUGAUACAUAGUAGGGAAAAUUGUACUUUUUGAAAAAUAGCACUUUUCACUUCUGUGUGUUUUUAAAAUUAAUGUUAUAAAAGACUUAUGAUUUCUAUUUUUGAGUUAAAGGGUUCAACAUAGUAAUGUUUAAUUUUGUCACUGUUUUCAUGGAGUGUUGAUUCCACACUUUCACAUAAUUCUUAAAAUUUUAUACAGGUGGGCCAGUUCCAGAAAGUCUAGUGUCUCCAAGUAUGAUAUACUUCUUAGUACUCUUCAGUGAGACAUAAGAUUUUUUUUGAGACAGAAAGACCUUAAUAUAUUCAUAUUUAAUGCCUAUAUUAAGGACCAGGCUAGAUUAUUUUAUAAACUGAAAAUCUGGUGUGCCUAAGAAUAUUUGGGAAGUCGCUUAAUCUGAGGAACUGUGCUAACUCUCUCAGACUGUGUGAUCAUGUCUGCAACUUUUAAAAACAGUGCUUUAUUGCAGCAGUCUUUCCUAUUUGACUUUUUGUUUUUUUAGUGGCAUUGAAAUUUCAGAAGAUUAGCUCACUCUGAAAGUUUAAGGGUACCAGAUACUUUGUAUACUAUAGGAGUCCGAUGACACUGACAGACUUUAAACAGCCUUAGUAAAUUCUCUUUAUAGUGCUUUAGAACAUUUUCAUUUCCAGAAUAAGUCAUUUCAUUAUAAGGACUAUGAGGCCAAAUAUUUAUGUUAUUAAAGUUUAAAUUAUUAUUCACAAGGAAACAAAACUAAAGUGAAUAAUUUGAGUUUUAAACAUCAAGAUUGAUUUUGUUUUACUCCAAAACCAUACAUUUGGAAGCAAAUUAUAUUCUUUAUCAAUUGAAGAAAUAUAUUAGACUUAAAAUUCUUUUAAAGUCUAGUACUUAUCAGCCUAACAUAGAUAAACACUUAGUAAGAAUCUUGUUUCAGUAAAUAUCUUUUCAGUACACUUGUAAAUGUUUUCUAAAGCUUUGCAUUUUCAGUUACACCCUAGAAAGAUUCUGAGCCUCAUGUGAUUUCUUUGAUACUUGAAAUAGAGGAGCGAGAACACUUAACAUUUAAUCUGUUAAAUCUGCUGCGAGAGCCAUUAACUUUGAAGAAUAUUUUCUAAAUGUACUGUGGGGGGUCCAGGAUUUGGAAUUUCUUGAUCUAAACUUUAUGCUGCAUAUAACAAAUACCAGAAAUGCACAUUUCAUAGUAUAAUAUCUGAAGCACUCAUUUCUAAACCUUAUUUUCUAAGGUAAUAUAUGCACCUUUCAGAAAAUAAUUGUGUGUUCAAAUAAGGAAAAACGGAUUAGAAUAAUUAUGGGUUGACAGAUUUUUUUUUUUUAGUAGAAUUAAGAGUAUUUGUGUGGGGUUUUAUUUGUUUACAAAUAAUCAGACUGUAAUAUUUACACAUGCAAAAUAAUCAACAGAAAUGUUGCACUUGUUUACUAAUGAUACACUUUAAGUUGUUCCAUGGAUGCGCACACUGACAGAUGCACAUAACACAAAAUAUUGCAAUAUGAAAUCCAGGAGCAAUGUUGCAGACCGUAGCUGACGCUGUUAUUUUCAGUCAGGAAGAAUGUUACCUGUCAUGAAGGUACAAAAUAAUUUAGUAGUGAAUGUUCAGUACCAUCCAUGUGCAAUUAUAUUCCAAAUUUCACUACACUACAUGAAAGUAAAUGGACAUUCCAGAAUGUAGUUGUGAUUAUAGUCUUAAACUAAUUACUAUUAAACUAAUGAUUGCUGAAAAUCAGUGAUGCAUUUCUUACAGAGUAUAACUCAUCGUUUACAGUAUGUUUUAGGUGGCAUCAUCAUAACUAGAUGGUGAAUAACAUAUUCCCAAUAAAUUUAUAUAGCAGUGAAGAAUUACAUGCCUUCUGUGGACGUUUUAUAAGUGCAUUUUAUAUCACAAUAAAAUUUUUUUCUCUUUC